ACCGUUAAUUUUUGUUUUUAGUAUACAUAUAUAUUUACAAAAACAAAUGCGAUGACAAGUAAAACCGAUCCAGUGCGCAUUGUGCUGGCAAAUCUAAUUGCCGAAUCGCAAACGCCAUAUACGCCGGACAAGAUACUCCGGGAAUUCCGUGCCACAGUUGACAAGCGUCUCUCAGAUAGAGAGCUCCUCUUCCUGCUCGAGUCCAUCAGUUCAAAGCGUCCUAAUUGUCGUGAAGUGCUCGAUGAGAUAAGCGACACACUUGUAAGCAAGGAUCCUAUGUACGCUUUGCUGGUCUUUGCGGAACGAAUAAACGACGAAACAAUGUGGCAGUCAAAAUACAGCGGAGGCAACAACUCGAAUCUCAACCCCAGUAAAAAUUCCGAAAUGUCAGCGCCGUUGCACGACUCGGAGCUGGGCAGUAAUUCUGCACGUAAGUCCUUGGAUUUGUCGACAUCAACGCCAGUUAGCCGGCGCUUGCCCGAGGAUACCCCAGCAUUGUCCACAAUUAGUGCAACAAGUGCACCCACUUCAUUUACGCGUCGUGGGUUACCUAAUACGCACAAUCCAAAAGACCAUUUCCCGCAGCGUGGAGAUCUAAGUGUGAUCAAGAAACGUGUGCUGAAUGCUGUUUCGAACAGCUCUGCCUUGACGGGCACCAUUGAUCAGUUGCUCAAUAGCAGCAACAGCAACAAACUGAAAGCACAAAACCUCGCAGCAGCAGGAGCAGGAGCUGGAGUUGGCCUAGCUGCUGGUAUUGGUGCUCGCGGUACUGCCGGUCGAACUGUGAACGUGGAAUCGAGCCCGGGAGUCAAGAGUCCCAAGGCCAGCCAUCACUCUGGUUACUCUGGUGCUUCCACUGUCAACAGCUCUGGAACAGUCACCGGCGCAAGCACUGGCCCAGGCACCGCCACCAGCACAGCCCCCGGCACUGGCAUCAGUGGUGGGCUCAAAACUAGCAUCAACACUGACAUCAGCAGUGGAAUCGGCACCAACCAUGCCGGACCUAGUAACAAUCGUGCGCCUAAUCAUUUGCCAUCAAGCGGUUACCGAUCGCUACUUGAACGCACUCAGCGGGGCACCAACAGCAAGAGCGCCACUACCAGCAAAGAUGUGGGUGAACCUAAGGAUGGCUUGCUGGAUGAAUAUCGCACACAUUUGCUAUGGGAUUACUAUAGAGUGGACACACCAAAUGGAACAUCGCAGCCGGAGCUGACUGCGUUGCCAUUCGAAGCACAGCAGCGUGUUCUGCUCACCGAAAUCCUAUACUGUUUGAGUGGAGUGCGUGGCACAUAUAUAUUAAUAAUGCCCCACGAUGAGGAGGCGCAGGGUUUGGCCAAGUACGAGACACAGUUUAGUCUGCAUGUUCAGGUGGAUAAAUCGCUGGUCGAGAUGGUGAACGAAAUAUUGCCAUUGGCCUCAUACUUUAUGGGCAUUCAAAAGGUCAUCGCACUGACCGACGGACAUGGCCAGGUCAACAAUGCCCUCAACGCCGCCUUGCACGCCAUUAGCCACGACUUCUAUAUGCUGCUGCAGCAGGCCGAGAUGGAGCUCUUGAAGAAUGAUCUAACAGUGGCCAAGCUGCUGUACUAUCUACAACCCACCAUUUGGGUCAUAGGCGAGAUUUGGACAACUCUGGCUGAAGUGGAUAUGAACAAUUACCAUGGCGCCGCUGUCCUAACCCAUCUCUGUGAUCGCAUUAAGCAAUUGGAGGGCGAUAAAUGUGCCCAGGAGCUGAUCAUCGGGCUGGCUCGGAAGGCAGCAGAGCCGUAUAUGCGCAUGCUACAGCUGUGGAUCCAGAAGGGCAUCAUUGUUGACAGCACACACGAGUUUCUGGUCGAGGACAAUGAAGUCAUCCACAAGGACGAGCUGCCCGAACAUUAUUCGGAUGACUACUGGGAGAAGCGCUAUACAGUCUGCUCAGAAUGUAUUCCAUCGUUUCUCGAAAAGCACGCCGACAGAAUAUUGCGCACGGGCAAAUACUUAAACGUGAUCAGACAGUGUGGCCAGCGAGUGAUGCCCACGCAGCAAAUGAAUCUUGAAUAUGACCCAACCAAUGAGCUGCACGUCUUUGUGAUCAACGAUGCGUAUUAUUUCGCGGCGCGCAUGUUGCUCGAUGUGCUGCUAACCGAGAACGAUCUGAUGGGGCAUCUGCAAUCAGUGAAGCGUUAUCUGCUGCUCAAUCAAGGUGAUUUCACCAUGCAAUUCAUGGAUGCCUGCGAGGAUGAGCUGGCCAAGAAUGUGGAUCUAGUGCUGCCCAUGACCUUGGAGAAUUUGUUGGGCCUGACCUUGCGGCUCUCUUCCGCACGCAACGAUCCCUAUAAGGAUGACCUGCACUGCGAGCUCCUCACCUACGAUCUGGUCACACAAAUGUCCAAGAUUAUGAAUCAGCAAGAGGAGUACUGGAAGACCUCAGAUCGCCUCGACUUGAGCGGCUUGGAGUGCUUUGCCUUCACGUACGAGGUGAAGUGGCCAGUUUCCUUGGUGCUCAAUCACAUAGCCAUAACAAAGUAUCAAAUGCUCUUCCGCCAACUCUUCUACUGCAAACAUGUCGAGCGUCAGCUGUGCAAGAUUUGGAAAGAGAACUCCAUAGCCAAGAAGUUCUCGCCGCUAGCUGCCGAGCUCUAUCGUUCGGCCUUCACGCUGAGGCAGCGCAUGAUGAACGCCGUUCAGAAUCUGGAAUACUACAUGAUGAUCGAGAUAAUUGAGCCGAAUUGGCAUAUAUUUAUUGAGAAGAUGAAGAAAGUGGAGAAUGUGGACAUGGUGCUCAGUCUGCACCAGGACUUCCUCGAUCUGUGCCUUAAGAAUUGCAUGUUGACUGAGACGUCGCAUCUGAAUCGUGCCAUAUUCAAAUUAUGCAAGAUCUGUCUUAAGUUCUGCGAGUUCAUACAGCGCUCGCAACGUCUCUUUCGCGAUGCGGAGCUCAAGUCCAUGGUCUGUGAUAGCAGCGAUGAAAAUACGGAUCAUUCCGACUAUGAGCUAGAUAUGGCGGAUCGUCUACAGGCGGAGACCACACUGGAUGAGACGGAUACGUUUGCAGAGCGUGUGAAACGCUUUGAUCUGGAAUUUACGGGCAUGCUUAUAUCGUUCCUUAAACAAAUUAACGAUCUGGCCAAAGAUAAUACCGCCGAUCGCUUCAUGAAUCUCGUGCAUCGCAUCAACUUCAAUGGCUUCUACUCGGAGCAAAUGGACAAGCUGUGCGUCAAGGAUGCCAUGGGCUAGACGCAGAUCACUCAAUCAACUCCAACUAAAAGCCAGAAAGCCGAAAUUAUGAACACAAAAAGACAAGAAACUUGAGUAUUAAUCAGACAAAUCGAAUUAUAUAGAAAACCAAAUUGGCAUUGCCUUUCGUAGGCCUGAUAUACAUAUGGAU